UUUUUUGAUUGGCUAUAGAAGACGUCUGUUAGGACGUGUUGCCCUUUCCGCGUGCGCUCAGAGCGUGGGCGUCCCUGUGGGGUGUGUGGCAGGGGUGUUUAGACCUGACACCAGCACCCACACCCCUCCCAUCAGGGUUCGGCUUAGAGUCGCCCCUGGUGGGCGGCUCUCGAGUCUUGAAGCAGAAGAGAACCCAGGCCGCCCCGGAGCUGCGGAGGCCCGUGCUGGGCAGGCAGAAAAAUGGCGACGGCGUCGGUCUCUGCAGUUUCUGAUUCUCAGUUCUCGAACAUCUCAGCUGAACCGUCAAGGUCUAAUCGGGGUGUGGUUCGCCAUUCUUCGUCUCCAUAUGUAUCAUAUCCACCAGAUAAGCCUUUCCUUAAUAGUGAUCUACGUCGCUCUCCAAAUAAGCCUACACUUGCCUAUCCAGAAAGCAAUAGUAGAGCCAUCUUUUCUGCUCUGAAGAAUCUUCAAGAUAAGAUUCGCCGCUUGGAACUUGAAAGGAUUCAGGCAGAAGAAAGUGUGAAAACCUUGUCAAGAGAAACUAUUGAGUAUAAGAAAGUACUGGAUGAACAGAUUCAAGAAAGGGAGAAUUCAAAAAAUGAAGAAUCAAAACACAAUCAAGAACUGACAUCCCAGUUAUUAGCUGCAGAAAAUAAAUGUAAUCUUUUAGAAAAGCAGUUGGAUUACAUGAGAAAUAUGAUAAAGCAUGCAGAAAUGGAAAGGACAUCUGUCUUAGAAAAACAGGUUUCCUUAGAAAGAGAACGACAACAUGAUCAAACACAUGUUCAAACCCAGCUUGAAAAACUGGAUCUUCUUGAACAGGAGUAUAACAAACUUACCACAAUGCAGGCCAUCGCAGAAAAAAAAAUGCAAGAAUUGGAAGCAAAACUCCAUGAAGAAGAACAGGAAAGGAAACGUAUGCAAGCUAAGGCAGCUGAGUUGCAGAGUGGUCUAGAAACAAAUAAACUUAUCUUUGAAGAUAAUGCAGCUUCAUAUGUUCCCAGUGCAAGAAAAAUUAAAAAAAAGAAGUCAAAACCACCAGAAAAGAAAGGUCCUAGGAACUAUUUUGGUACACAACCACACUAUCGACUAUGCUUGGGUGAUAUGCCAUUUGUGGCUGGAAAGUCCACCAGUCCUAGCCAUGCUGUAGUAGCCAAUGUUCAGCAUGUCUUGCAUCUGAUGAAGCAACACAGUAAAGCCUUGUGUAAUGAUCGAGUAGUCAACAGUGUUCCUUUGGCAAAGCAAGUAUCUGUAUCUUCACGAAGUAAUAAAAGUAAGAAGUCUGAAACACCUUCCUCCUCCAACACCAUUAAUGAAGAGUUGUCAGAAGUCUUGCAGACUUUACAGGAUGAAUUUGGGCAAAUGAGCUUUGAUCACCAGCAGCUUACAAAACUUAUCCAGGAGUCAACAACAAUUGAAUUGAAAGACAAUUUAGAGUGUGAACUCGAGGCAUUAGUGGGAAGGAUGGAAGCAAAAGCCAACCAAAUAACUAAAGUUAGAAAAUACCAAGCCCAGCUGGACAAACAGAAGAUAGAGAAUCAGAAGAAAGAAUUAAGAGCAAACAAAAAGACUCUUGAAGAAGAAGGAAAUGGCAGCAGUCGUUCUUCUGGAGUCACAGGGACCACAAGUAAGAAGGAUUUUGUCAAACAGAGACCUGGAGAAAAAAGCAGGAAAAAUCUUCAGUUAUUGAAGGACAUGCAAACCAUACAGAAUUCAUUACAAAGCAGUAACUUGUGUUGGGAUUACUGAUUCCUCGUGCCAGGUCAUAAAUUUUAUUCAGAUAACCUGUACCUCAUCAAUCAGAUGUUGACAAUUCACUUUCCAGGUUUCAUACUCACUUAUGUUAGAAUUAAUUAAUAGCAGGUGUUAAGGGGCCCAGGCUUCAUUACCCAGGCUUCUUUUGCUAUGCAGUGCAAAUGUUAAACCAUUUUAAUGAAAAAACCAAGGAAGUUUUAAAGCCUGAGAAGCCCCCAUUUCUUUGAAAUGAAUUUGCUGUACUGAUAUAUUGCACCUUGUAAACAAAUUACUGGGUGUUUAUUUUUUUGGCUUCUUUUUUUAUUUGUGGGUAUGAUUUUUUAAAAUAGUUCUUCAUACAAAUUAGGUUUAAAUUUUCAAAAUAUGAGGCUUUUCCAUAGCAGGGUUUGCUUGAAAAGUCUUUUAUAAAUCUUCCCCUGACAUGAAGUGCCCACUUCCCCUUUCCCCUACAAACAUUAAAUACACUUUGUUUCAACUAUUGAUGGAGGUUUUCUAUAUUUAAGUAUUUAUAUAUUUAAGAGGAUUUGGGUUUUGUGUUUUUUUUUUUCUUUUUGGUAUUUCAAACAUUGAUCAGUAUUGAAUGCACUCGUAUUGCUUUUUAAUCCACUGUUAGUUUUUUUUUUUUUAAAGACCCAAGCAAUCAUUUUAAGCUAACUACCUGUAAAAUGUAUAAAAGCAUUUUUUAAAGUGUAAACUAAUUAUUAAUAAAAGAGAUUUUUGAAUAAAGUUAGAAUGAGAGAGAAGGGAGAUGUGAAGCAUACACAUUUGCAGUUUUUAUAUGGUACCUGUUUGUAAUCAUGUUAUUCAGUCAAGGUAUUGUGGUGUUUUUAAAUCUUGAAACCUGGAGAACUCCUUGAAUAUUUGCUUUCUUUUUGCUGUACAGUAUAAGCAAAAUAACUGUACACACAAAAUUUUCAUGUUAAUGAUGUAAAUUAUAAUUUUGAAUAGAUCAAGAUGUUACCUUUUUAUAAAUUUGCCACUCAAGUCAAUAAAGUAAGCUUUUUUAAGGAAACACUGAAACUUAAUCCUUAACAGCCUGUUUACAAAGGCUUUAUUGUAAACUCAAAAAUGCAUUUCAAAAUAGGACAUUAGUAUCUUGAUUAUAAGAACAUAUAGUAUUCAGUACCUAUUUGCCAUUUUAAUGCUCACACAAAGAACUAAGCCCAACAAGACUGAAUUGCCUCAUGGUAUGUAAGAUACUCUAAAAGGGCUAAUGAACAUGUUAACCACAUAUUAAGGGAAUUGUUUUCAUAUACCUCUCCUUGAAUUGAAAUGGAGGUUAAGGAUUAUACCUAGAUAGCAUGACUUAUUCUAGGUACCUGAGCAUUAGGCUUAUCAAGUCUCUUAUUGAAUUAAUUUUUCUGCAUUUGGAUUUCUUAGCGUCCUAAAUACCUUAUUUGUGAAUAUCCUGAAAUUGUAUGUAAACGUUUGCUUGUAUGUGCAAUUUUCUGAUGAGCAGGCUUCCAAAGUCAUUGAAGUCACAACAGUGAGUUCAUAAAAACAAGGAAGGUGAGAAAUUGCUCUGGUGACAUGGUAAAUAUUUCUUGUGUCUCAAUCACCAUUUCAACUAUUAAACUUUUGUUAUCUUUUUGUUUGAAUUUCAGGUCAUUAAAUUGUAUAGCCAUCAUUUGAAUGGUAGUAAAUACAAAUCCUAAUUAGGAGAAGAGUGAUUAAAUAAUGCUAAAUCUCACCCCAUCCUUCAGCUGGGAUUCAAACUGUAACCUCCAGUUUUUUAUAUUCUCAGGUGAGAACUGAAAACAAAAUACUACUUCAGUUUUCUUAUCUGAGAGUUUGCAGUAGAGCUUUAAUACUGAUUGGCCAUUUAAAUACCUGUUAAAUUUCUUCUCAUAUAACAAAUUUCACAUGAUCAAAUCCACUUGGUACCAAUUUUGCUAAUAUUGGAUGUACUAAUAGAAACUAUUUCCUCAAUUCUAAGACCAACAAUAAGGCUAGGAUUCAGACUAUUGUGAAUUCAUGAGUGGAAAAACUAGUUUGGUUCAUUUGGGUAUUUGAUAAAAAAUUGAACAUUUCUGCCUGCACUGGGUACUUCUUGGGGGGGAAAAAAAUCCAAGAAAUAGCUCUGCAUGCCCAUGUGGUCAGUCAUACAUACAAAGACCUAUAACAUAAAUGACUUUCGACAAGAACAAAGUUUAAAAUUAAUUGAAAUUUCUUUUAAUUAAAAGACCAAGGGACCAGAAGCUUCUUUGUUACAGUACAUUACAUAUGGCUCUCAUAUAGAGUAAAAUAGUCAUCAGAGUCCAUACCAGCACCAAACUCUCAGGCAAGCAGUGAAGCAAGAUUUCUUUUACUGGCAUUGAGAUUGUAAAUCACUUUUACAUGCGGUGUGUUCUUUGGUAGACUUAAUUCAGUGGAAUAAAGUAGUGAAGUAGUUUGUAUAAAAUUUGAGCAUUGUACUUCUCACCAUAUGCUACUUAUACAGACUUCAAAAAAAUCUUUUAAGAUUUUAAAGUAUUGCCUUAAAACUUGCCAACUAGCUUUAACAAAAAGGGGUAAAAUGUUUCUUUUAACUGGAAAAAAUGGAAAUUAAUCUGAAUGUUAUAGAAGUCUUUGAACUCCUAAAUGGCUACCACUUUGUCUUCUUAUGGUCCCCUAAGUAUAUCUCUAAGGCAUCAUUUUGGAACACUAGAAUACCCUAAUUAAGUAUAUAAAUAAUGUCAGCAGCAGUUUUCAACUACUGCCACACUAUGCUUUGCCUUUCACUGUAUUAAGAAUGAAGGGUGAAAGGUGAUCAAGGUAAAUCAGUUACUACAUGAAAGAAAAGCCCAUGAUGGGGGAAAGGGUGUUAAAUGGUUUUGAUCUGUCAUACAUGAAGGCCCAAUUAUAGAUGAGGCCACAGAAAUUCAGUGUUGAUUUGGUUUGAAAACUUGUUCCUCUGUGCAAUAAGCUUUCUCUCAUUAAGAGGUGCAUUUCUAAAGUAGUCUGUACUUGUACCAGAUGCCAGUUUUUAAGACAUUUUUCUUUUAAAAUUAGACACUUGUUCCCACUGUGGAUGCAGGAUUGAAGUAUUUUACUAUUCUUUGGGUGACUUUAGAUUAGUGUCAGAAACACAUAAUUUCAUAUGGAAUUGUUUCUCUUAAGCCACCCACAUUGCUAUAGUUCUAAACUCAUCCUAGAGAGACUUUAAAUAAAUAAAGCAUCUGUACUUUUCUCUCAUAGAUGGGUUCAAAAUAGGGAUACUUUUAACUCAUAAAGCUGCCAGUGUAAUGAAGAGUUCAUAUCAAUGAUGCCCCCAGUCUAACAGUCCUUUCACACAACAGUCUGGACAGGAGUGACACAUUGUGCAGGAGAGCUGGCUCUCUCUGAUGAUGAGGUUGACCGGUUGGAAAUUUCUCUCUGUAGUUCCUCUACUUUUUUCUGAAGCUCUGCUCGUUUAGCAAGAAGUUCUUUAUAUCUGUUGUGAAUAGGUUCCUACAAGAGCAAAACAAAAUUAUUCAACUAGGCAAUCCUAGUCAAACCCAAAGUCACAUCAUGUUGCACUGUUUUGUUUUUCGUUUUCAUUUUCAGCAACUGGAACCAAUCCCACCUUUUCUAGCCAUUAGUGCAGAGUAAAUUCAGGGACUACUGACACUACUAAUCUUUCACUACUAUUUCCAAUGCCCCCAAGUAUUUCCAGAGAACACCUGCUGUGGAGGUGCUCCUGGAACCAGGAUAUCUACAAAUAAGACAAUUAAAGCCCAGUAGUCAAAAGAUUCCUAUCAUUUAAUUGUUGAUUUUCAGUCUUGAACAGUUCUAAGUAGUAAAUAUUCAACAAUAUAUUCACUAUGAAACAGAAUUUUGUUAGGCUUUUAACUUUCCUAAAGCUGUUUUCUUCACAUAUUAAACAAGACUCCUAGAAAUUAAAUCAGGAAGAAGACAAAAAGAACUGAUUUGUCCAAAGUCACAUAAGCAAAGUCAAACUGAGAACCAGGUAUACUGAUAACCAACGUGGUAACUUUUUCUAAUAUGCAUUUAUAACUAUGGAUAUUUUUGAAAGUUACAAAUAUGCACAGAUAAUAUUUCCAAUUAUUUCAAAAGGAACAAAUGUAAUAGAGUUACAUUACACAGAUGAAAACUCCCAUCAUUUUUACUAUACCUGUGGUUUCAUCCGUGGAUUCCACCUUAUGUAAUACCCCACCCAGAGCUCUAGGUGGCGCAUGCUGGCUACUGGAUAAAGAACAUGAUUGGAAUAACUCCCAUAGAGAGGAUUAGUGAAGUCUUCCAGCUGGCUAUUUAUGUAAGACCACAGUGACACAGUCCUUUUAGGAAGAUUCUAUCAGGAAAAAUAGGUAAACAUUCACAUAAGCUAUUUAUACUUUGGAUGAGAUUCGUAAAGAUAUAUGUUGUAGUCAUUAAAAUGAAAAGGGAUUUUAAUGACUACAAAAGGGAAGGGUAGACUUGAACACUUAGAUAAUAGACCCACUUACAUUAAAAUCGAAGUGUCCUGGAAAACAGUCUGCAGUUCCUCAGAGUUAGAGUUACCAUAUAACCCAACAAUUCCACUCAUAACAAUAAUGAAAUCAUGUCUAUACAAAAACUUUGUCCCAGAUAUUCAAAGCAAUUCUAUUCAUAAUAGCCAAAAGAUAAAAAAAAAAAACAAAAUCCAAUCAACUAAUGAAUAUAUAAAAUAUAUAU